CAGGCCAUUGCGUCCAGAAUAACUUACUCACUUCCCUAAAGAAAGCAGGAAGCUGAAAAUACGAGAGAAACUCUUUACUGCAGAGACAAAUAUCAUAGUAGAUGGGCCAACUUGUCAAUAUUCGAGCUGGCCGAUGGAACAAAACUGAUGAAGGCAGGUGGAAAUUCGAAGAAGACAAUUCAGAGGUCUAUCAUUAUAUAGUUGCACGAACCAACGAAGGAUUCGAGGAGUUUACUAAACUAGUCCGUCAGCAGCUACGUAUUGAAGAUUUAUGUCCACUCCUGGUGACAUAUCAGCUACCCGGAUGCAUGGUCCAGGAUGAUCCAUCUGCGCACGCACCAAUAACUUUAUUGACGUCUGAAGACAUAGAGAUAAUGAUGAGUGUGAAAGAGUGGAAGAAUGAGGUGGUAACCUGUGUCACGUACGGUGCACUCAACAUAGCCAAGUACCAGUUUCUGUGCCGGAGUCCAUUCACAAUUGGUGAUACUACAUAUCUAGCUGACGGUAUUACGGAGGAGGUGCACUGUAGAAUGAUUAAUUCGAUGGUAGAAGAUGAUGAAUUCACCUGUGCUGGGAGUGUGCUGAAGCAGUUAUUCAGUGAGGAGAAGUUAAUUCUUGUUUAUCGUUUUUCUUUUGAAAUCGAAGAAGCAAGAAAAUUUUUCGAUCGUUUUCCAACCCCCGAAAUAGGUGGUACAAGGAGAGAGACACAGAAAAGCCGGACUACUACGCAACGUAAAAAGUCACAGAACUGUGGAACCCAAGACAAAGGUGAUUACCAAUGCCCAUCGGAUUAUCCAGAAGAAGCAAUAAUACGUCUUAACGUAGAUGAAGACGCCGCUUACUUAAAUGCUGAUUGGGAAGAUGUGGUGGCUGGUCAACAAAAUGUAGGACAUGGUAUUGAUCCUGAAUGCUAUGUCACAGAAGCCACCCCACAUAAUCUUACUUCCCUUAGUAAUGGGGAUCAGAGAAGUACUUCAUGUUUGAACAUCAAUGUUGUUGAUCUCGUUACAUCAUCUACUGGAUCAACCGGGGAUGUUAAUGUCACCGUAAUAGGGAACACAUGUUGGAAUCCAAUAACUGUUCCCUGGGGCGACAACAGUGAUAGAGGCGAAACAUCUAUGAGGCCGUCCAAAACGUUCCAGGGUGCAACCGAAGAGGAAAUGACAGAACUGCUACCACAAUUAUACGUGAACGUAAAUGAUGAUUCAGAUAUCCCACUUAGCCCAAAAUUACAAACCCCUAGAAGACAAUCAAUCAUUGGAGAAGAUGAUUCUGGGUCCCUAAUAGUUGGGAAAAAAGAGGUUGGAGCUGACAACCAAAGUGAUAUUUACGUGGGAAUGAUCUUCAACUCCAGGGAAGAUUUCAAGCUGCAUAUGGCCAUGUAUGCUAUUAGAAAUAAAUUUCGACUCCGACACAGCCGGUCCUCUCCGGGUGGAAUGGUUCUUACAUGCUUUAGUGAGACCUGUAAGUGGCGAGUGUAUGCUGUGAUUCUCAAAAACACCCAGUUAUAUGAAAUUAGGAAGUCGAGCUAAACCAUUCUUGCACCGUUGACGACCGGACUGGGUACCAAUCUCAAGCUACUCAUACUGUCAUUGGAGGGAUGAUGAAGGGUAAAUUUGCUGGAAGAGGCGGAGGUCCCCGACCAAAUGAUAUUCGUGAAGCCAUGCAAGGUGAUCAUGACGUCCACAUUUCAUACUGGAAAGCCUGGAGGUCGAGAGAGGUAGCCUUAGACUACGCAAAAGGAUCUUCCGGCGCAUCAUACAAUUUGCUUCCCACGUACUUGGAGAAGCUAGUCAUGGCUAAUCCGGGAAGUAUUACACAGAUCCACACCGAAUAUGCUGACGGUAUAGGCCAUAGGUUCAAGUAUAUGUUUAUGGCCUUAGCUGCUAGCAUCGAAGGCUAUAGAUUCAUGAGGAAGGUUGUUAUAGUUGAUGGGUCACAUUUGCGAGGAAAGUAUGCGGGGUGUUUGUUGACCGCUUCCGCGCAGGAUGGAAACUAUCAAGUGUUCCCUUUGGCAGUUGCAGUUGUUGACAGUGAGAAUGACAAGGCUUGGGAAUGGUUUUUCACAAAACUUUCUCAAUUCAUUCCCAACAAUGAAGAGAUUGUAUUUGUCUCUGACAGACAUCCAUCCAUAUAUAUGGCAAUUGCAAAGGUGCUCAUUUUCUGAUUUAUAUGAACUAUUAUAUUACUACGUAUGUUUGGUAUAAUAUUCAUAAGGUGUAUAAUACACAUAACUAUAUGAUAUCGAAUUGAUAGAGUAAGAUAGGAUAUGGUAACUCGAGUAUAAUACGGUAAAUCCGGAUACAAAAUUAAUUCUUCUCAACACGUACAUGUAUAUCCGGCCGGGCGGCAUUGCGCAUGCAUUUUACAUUUGAAAAGAAAUAUAAGGACGUACUUCAAAGACAAGCAUUUGGGAUACCUCGUUGGAAAAGCUGCUAGGGCGUAUAGGUUAUCAGAGUUUUACCUUACGUUCAACGAGAUUAAAAGAGUUAAUCAAUCAUGUGCUGAUUACCUCGUUGGGAUAGGAUUAGAACAUUGGGCACGGUCACAUUUUCAGGGUAACCGAUACAACAUUAUGACCAGUAAUGUGGCCGAAACUUGGAAUUCAGUAUUACGAGAUGCAAGAGAAUAUCCUAUCCUCUCCCUCAUCGAAUACAUCAGGGCGAAGCUUAUGACGUGGUUUGCAAAGAGAAGACAAAUUAAAAGGGGAGAAGGUCAAAUGGUAACGCCUCGUGUUGAAGAGAUUCUCGCUGCAAAUUUUGAACGGAGUGGAUCCCUUUGGGUUACGAUGAUAGGUGAGGCGGAGUAUAAGGUCCGUAACAAAGAGGGAGCCACCUUCCAUGUGAAUCUUAGUCAGAAAACAUGUACAUGCCAUGAGUUUCAAGCACUCCUCAUUCCUUGCACUCAUGCAAUUGCUGCUGCGACAAGGGCCCAAAUCAGAAUUGACUCGUUAGUUGACGGAUGUUACAGUAGAAGCACAUACACAGCAGCAUACGCAAACAUAAUUAAUCCGGUCGUUGAGUACGAAAGUAUAGAGAUUCUAUCAAGUGACAACUCUGUUUCUGGCGUUGAAAUAAAUCGACCAUCUAGUCGGAGGCCACCGGGAAGACCAAGGAAAAGCCGGAUUCUAUCGAGGGGUGAAUUCCAGGUAAAGCUCUGCAUUUGUAGAUGUAUGUACAUAGACCUAAUAGUAAUGUAAUUUUCUAUUGCAGACGAGAGGACCGAAAAAGAGGACAGUUUGCAGUCGCUGCAAGGGUGGUGGUCAUAACAGAGCCACUUGCAAAGUGGCAAUAUGAAGGUCACAGAAUCAAAUAUAGGGGAAGGUGGAGACUCGGAUGAUGAAGGUGUAAGCACGAUUAGGAGUGGCUAAACUGGAUAUCCUUAGUGUUACAUAUUAAUGUAAACCCAAAACCAGUUUCUGGGUAGUGGACGGAGUAUUUAAAAUUCCCGAGUUUGUAAAAUAAAUAAUAACAUCUUCCCGCUUGUAUGAAAUGAGAUAAUAUAAGCAGCAGUUGUGUCAAAUAUUACGUGUACAAGUCCGAAUAGUAUCGUUAUAUUUGACUGGAUAUAAACUUCAAAAUAAUUGGGGAAGGAAGAUCGGAAACCCUAAUCUAUAAUCAAUACACCGAACCCAAUUGUAUUUAGUUUACAAUGACGAAAUGAAUAGACACAACGCCGUCGCGUAAUCCACUUAAAUUAGGGUGCACCGCAACCGUUACCGAUGUUCCUUAUACAUACACAUUAAAGAGAAAAUAUGAACUACGGCAUACGAGAGAAGAACUCACCACAUCAGGCGUUCCACAACAUUGACAGAAGGCAUAACAAAAGAAGGCACCACAAAAUAACAACAACUAGAAAAGGAGGCGACGGAACCCCCAAAAAAACCCCACAACCGGCAUAUAGUGCGAGAGAUAAACCAAAUACAUAAACAACAGCUUUGUGAUGACAUUUGCGACAAUAUAGUAAACACAAAACAUCACUUUUGUAUCUUGGAACUUAAUUUGUCGACGAGAGCAACUAUCUCUGACAUGUCUUUCUUCAGAUCUGUAAGCUCUUCCUUCAGUCCAGUCAUCACCUCCUCCAUGGCUGCUAACUUCCCAUUAAUAACCUCUAUAUCCUCAAUAAUCGCAUCGUCAGCCCACUUGAAAACAUGGUUCUCACCAAAAACAACUCCGCAUCUAAAAAAUUUACGCCCUGGAUUUUCCCUAGUUUUAGAAACUAACGCAAUUGUCGUUGCUCCACACUGACACCGGCGAGGAAUCCCCGGACCUAAUUACAUGGCCAUUCCCGUUGGAAUUAUACUGCAGAGAUCAUAAAUAGGAAAAACAAAAACUGUCAGAUGAGAAAAACGCAAAUAUAACUUCAAAUGGGGACGAACUACCUGAUUGACUUCGAUGUUUUGGUGAAAAGGAAGGACCUGGAAGUCUAGGUUUUCGGUGAACCUAAAACGCUGUGAUGUGGUGCCUUUUUCAAACUCAUCGUCUUUGAUAAUGGGCCUACCAUAAUAACAACGGAGACUAAUGGACCACGUCAACUGCAAAGUCACUAUUGAAGAUAUUUCCUCAAGUUAUCUUACUAUAGACGACUUUAUGCGGAUAGAAUUUCAGGACAACGACAUUUAUAAUUAAAUAUCGAAAAGCUGUGUUGUCAUGUCAGGCAAAUAGGUUAUGAUGGUAACCUAGCCCUAGGUACGCUGCCGCAUUAAAUGGAAAGAUUUGCCGUAGAUUUUCUCCUUUAACCUCCAUCUGUAGGUGAUACCGGUUUUCGAAGCCUGUAGUUUGCUCUAUAAAGGGGCUUCCCCUAUCAUCUUCUACAACACAAAAGAAGCGACAACACCGGAUACCAUCUGAAGAAACUGAAAAGAAAUUCAGUUGACUGGCACUUCGACACUGCUGAAGAUUCGUAAAGGUGAUUCUCUUCGCUUCAACAACAUAAUCGCCUAUAUUUCUUAUUUACUUAGGGGACCAGUAGGUUGGAUAAAGCAAUAGACGUAGGACACAUAAAAUCUUAUGUUCCGUUGGUCAGCAUAAAUGAGAUGAUAUAUAAAUGUUUGUCUUCCUUCUCCCACUAACCGUCAUUUGUAAUUUCUACAGAUGGCCCGUCUUGUUCGUGUAUUUAAGGGACAGUGGUUGAAAUCACAGCAAGGAGUGUGGACGUUCGAAGAGGAUCAAACCCGCGGAGGCCGUGAUAUAGUCAUCGGGAAAAACGAACAAGUUAACGCGCUUAAAGAGCAUGUGAGGAGUGUUUUCAAUCUUCGUACAGAGACGCCGAUGGUUGUCACCUUUCAGCUCCCCCAAUGGAUGCUUGAGCCGGAUGGGGGAACAUGGCCACCCCAUAACAUCAAUACCAACGCAGACAUCGAUAUGAUGAUGAGCGUACAUGAAUGGAACGUUGAACCCAAGCUUUGCGUGAUAUCUGGUGCUGAAGAUGUUGCCACCUACCAGUUUAGGUGCAGAGCACCUUUCACAAUUGGAUCUAUCACUUUCCUAGGAGACGGUGUUCCAGAGGAGCAACACAUGGCCUUCGUUUUAGGUAUCUUCGUAAACACGGCAAUCCUGUGUAACUUUAAAAUAAACUGUAACAAUGUUUUUUUUGCCAGAUAUGAUAAGAGGUAACGAGAUCGUCUGCAGUGACCAUGUCCUAAACGAACUCUUUGAUGAGCAGAAAAUGGUGUUACUGUAUCGUUUUUCUCAGGAGAUUCAAAAAGCAAAAACCAGUCUAAACCUCAAUUUAGCACCCAUGGUGGAACCAGACGACCACAUUGUACCUAAUAUUGGGAAUACAGACAUGGACACACAUGUUGUCGCCGGAGGUGGUGUUGUCAAUACUGACAUCAACGCACCACCUCAAAGGUUUCAUGUUCCGGUUACAAAUCUCACUCAAUUUGGUUCGUUUUUCUUGAACAUUUUUGUCUAUGUAAUUAUGUAACUCCACUCCCCGGAAAAUCAUAAACACGUACUUUAUUUGUUUUGCUUUAACUUUGGGUUGGUUAGAGUGAAUAAAUUGCCAUAGAGAACCCUAACCUUUAAUCGUCUUGUAGGGUCUCAUUCCUGCAACACGGGUGCAUACAUGAGGGCCUCUCUUCCUCCAACAACGUAUGACCGACAUUAUUAUACACCACAAUGGGGAAACAUGGACGUUACAGGAAUGUAUUGGGACAACUUAAUGUCAUCCAGAUAUGCAGUCGACUUGCAGAGAAUCUAUGGAGUUCCGGGAUCUGAGUACGUUGGAUACGGCACAAAUGACCUCACCAUCGGAAACCCUAUUCAGCCACAUCUUCAAGCUUCCCCUAGGGGUCCACUUGUGCAGGGAUACGAGGUUCCUAUAGAAGUUUUGUCCACCGCUUCGUCGACUGAGUUGAAGGAGGUUCAUGAAAAUGGACGUAACCUGAACACUUCAAAACUAAGCGGAGGAGGAGAUCCCGUAGCUGUUGAAAAAGGUUUAACAGCAAUUUUACAAAAUUCAUCCCAAAAAAUUCAAAUAUUUUACAUACUAACAGAGGACAAUACGUACAACUGUGUAUGCUUUUAUACUUACAUCGAGUUAUUCAUUUAAUGACUGAAAGGUGAAUCCUCCAACCACCCCGUACGUGGAACGCAUGCGGAGUUUGAGGUUGGGGUUAAUGUUGAAGCCGGAGAGGGCAUGGCAGAUGAUGAAGGAAAUGGUGGACGCUCCUCUGCAGAUUGAAGAAUCUGGACACCAAUAUGUUUAAUAACUACGUCAAACACUGCUGUGUUAUAUUUAAACCCUUUUGGCACUGUUUAAUAUUAUCUUAAGCUUGGGAUGUAAGGUUCAGCAGGGGAGCUCUUUAGUUUUUGGAUGUAUUAUAUUAGCUCCAAUGGUGUACUGGUUGUUUUGUAUGAAGUCGAAUGUAUGAAAUGAAACAAUAGUAAGUUGCCUUAAUAGUAAACCUGGACUUCGAACUCUUUAACAACGCCGAAAAAAGCAGAUAUUUUACGAAAGAAAUAGCUAAUAUACGCAAUAGCUGGAUAUUCUCAUGUUUGCAAAAUAAUGUUGACCAAGCACCAGUGUAAAUGGAUGGUUGAAGGUGAGAAAAUUAUUCCUAUACGUUAAGAUUCUUUAAUCGCCAAAACAUUAACCCAACGAAACCAAAACAGAGAAGACAUUAGUCAUUGCCAAAGUAAAUGGCAUGAGUAAUUCUAAAAUGAUGGGAAACAAAUGCUUUAGAAUAAGAUCCCUACGGCACGCAAAAAACGACAUUGAACCAUGGCCGAGAAGACAACAAUGCUAAACCAUUCAUAACGGUUAUCAUGAAGAAAUUAAACAUACGUUUAUAACUUCAUAACAUCCAUACAAUGUUCCUCAACUUAAAGUUAAAACUCACAGAACAUAAAUUCGAACAAAGUUACAUUGAUUAAACUGUUUGAUAGAAAGGCAGUUAAAUUAACCGUGGUGAUUGGGAUACAACCGGGUAUCGCGAGGCGUCGAUGAAGUUGAAUGGACAAAGUAAGAAACGUACUACAACUUCUUAUGAAACUCGUAGAUAAGUAUCGCAGCCUUACGUGCUUCCGCUGGAAUGACAGUUGGCGUGAGAGACCUACACACAUCGAAACCAAACAACGCAUGUGUUUGCAUAAACAGACAGGCGGUCAACGCAGAAUCCGCUGGAUUUGUGUUUUGCGACAGGCCUUUCAUUCUUUCCACGACCAUUUCGUUCCCAUUAACCUGCUCCACGAUCCCUAUACGUUUCAAUAGAUAAGGAAACAUAUGAGAGAUCGGAUAGCUCCUUCACCAAAGCGUCGUCCAUAAUAACAUCCAUGUUAGAAUCGAAAACAAAUAUCUUCGAAGAGCGGAUAUCAACACAAAGGCCAACCCAGUGCUUCCGAUCGACGUUGAACGGAAUGUAGAACCUGCCUACUUCAAUUUCUCUGCUAUAACUCUUUGAAACCAAAUCGACCAUUGCAUUACUGAAAACAUAACCUUCCUUGGACUUUGUUUUUUUAAACCUAGGAUAAUUCCUUGAUAGCAAACACUGAAGACGACUGUCCAGAAACACAGGUGCGGUAUCGCCUCCACCCAACGCUUCCUUCUUGAAGGUAGAAGCAACAAGCCUUGUAAGAAUAUCCAAGACCUGUAUUUGAAAAAGUUAUCCAGAGAUGAGAAUUAGACAGUUUUAAAAAAUAUUUAUUUGGGGAACAACAGUGUACGUACUCUGCCAGGAAGGAAUCUCUUCCGUUCUCCUAUAUCAAUCAAGUCCUUCCCCGUUACAGACAGCCCCCCAACAUUGAAUACACUAGAAAGAAGUGUGAGUGAGGAAACGGCACAUACGAUACAAAUGUCUAUGUCUGCAACCGUAUGUGAACUAUAUAAUUAUAGGAAAUAAAAGUACACAUUGAGUUAAUACCAGUCUUUCUUCAGUAGCAUCUUCAGCCGCGUAUACUUCUCACAAAUCUCAGAAUAGUCGGAGGGACUGUUCACAAAAUGUUGCUCUUCACGAGCCCGAUUCAAGAUUACGGCCCCACAGUGGUAGUCAUUGAUAAGUUGGGGAGGAAUGUGCCUCAACCGCUUGCUUUUACGGCAUAUAAAACUAUCUUCAUUAUCACCCACCUCUGCUUCAAUGUCAUCUUCAGCUUUCUUACUUUUGUUUUUUUCUCCCAAUUCCACUAUAUCUGAUUGCACCACCGUGCGAAGUUCCUGAGUUAGGCCAAGUGAGAAAGAAGGAAUCUCAGGUUCUCGAGGAAGGUGGGCCGCCUACAGUUACGAUCUUUUAAUAUCUUCAAUAUAUCAGACAUUUGAAUAACAAAAAUGGAAAAAUUUCGAAUUUUACAUUCUGUCUGCCGCUAUCGUGGGUCUGGCUCUGAGCGGAAAGAGAUGCCUGAUGAACCUGUUCACGCACUCCGCAAGCAACCGAACCACUCUUGCGAGGCUCCAACGCAGAAAGCGAGACUAAUCCCUGCAAUACACAAACAUAUCCAAUUUAUAACAAAAUUAACUGGAUUUAUGCGAGAAGGUUGGUGAAGGUCUACUGAUGCAGUACAAAAAUAGAAAAUGCAGAUUAAUAACAAUGACAGUGAACAGCUUUACAUCUGAAACAUGCAGAGAUAGCCGUCUCGCAGAGGUUGGCUUCUCUGACUGCAGACUGCGGGACACAUUGAGACGCAUGUUUUCUGGUGCUUCUCCGCCGACAAAUUUUUGACGUUCCUGCCUACGAGACUCAGCCUCAGAUCCCUAAAAGUAAGCCAAUUACGUUGUAAAAGCAGUUUUCACAAGCGGUUUCAAUAUACCACAACACCAUUACUGGCACUUACUUGCCACCGUUUUCUUGAAGCUGGGGGAGUUGAGUAAUGACUAAGAUUUCCCAUGACAUCGUCAACUAUAUCCUCGUUCGAACCGAGCAUAGCAGGGGUGGAGUAUUGACGAACAUCUCUCCUUCCCACUCCAUUAGCUGCUGGUGGACUCCUAUUUGUAGGGACUUCUCCACUCGCACCUUCAAGACCAACUGCGGUGGGGUGUACACCUUCGACUGGGGCCUUACGAAAUUCUUUAGGGAAGCAAGCUAGGAUUUCCGUUUUAAAAUUCCGGAGCAUUGCCUCAACAGUAGCAACAACAGAAGACUGAUAAGCGAAACCACUCGAAGAGAUCUCCUUUACGGAUGCAACAGCAGCAGCAAUAGUCGCAUCGAUCCGAUCUAUCUCAGGUCUGAGGACUGAAUUAAUAAGAGAUUUCAUUUUCGCUUCCUCAGGUCGGUGUACAGCUACGUCCUUAUGCUUCUGGUUUUGCGGUUUUCUUUUUCCCCCGUCUUUAACAUUCGCACGCAUCCUCUCAACAUCCACUUUACUGACCCCACCUCGAAACAUUUCCUUACGAAUAAGCUGAUUCUUCGAUAUAAUGCGCACCAAGUUCUCAACUUUGGCAUCUACAACAUCAUCCGACCAGUUAACCAAAGAAUCGUUCACUGGCGUUCGAGGAUCUGCUGGAAUAAUGCUCGUCACCUUUGCCUAACAUAACAUUCAACAAAUAAUAAAGAAGUUAUAAUGAAUCUGCUACGGUUAGUUUCAUUAGUGGUUACAGAAAGAAAGAGUAAGUUCCCAACCUCAGCUUUCCUAUCAACUUCCCGAGCAUGGCUAGGACACAAUGUCUGCUUCUUAGUCUGACUGGCAUGACGAUCUGCGUUCUCAUCGUCGCUGUCCGAUUCUGACGAGGAACAAGCUUCUUGAACGACUUCCGUCAGAGCAGGAACCGCUUCAACGAUAACUAGUUGGAGCGCAAGCGCAAACCCUUUCAACGCAAUUGUGUUUUGCGAUAGAGAUAUCUCAUCUCUCUUUUUGAUACUUGUCAUCAACAUAUCAAAAGCUAGUCUCCCCCACGGGAAGGCAAAGAACUCUUCCAUAUCGACUAGCAUCUCAGCGUAUUCCUUCAACAUCUUCAUCCGGAGAUUAGUAGACAGCAAAACAGAAGACACAAUUGCAAGGCAAGCGAGUUUCAUCCAGAUAUCUUUGUCGGUUACGGUUUUUUUCCUAAGCAUCUUAACCGCCCUAGAAACUCUCAUUUCUUCUACUCUUCCAAAGAUCUCUGGCCAGUACGGUUUCUCAUUGAUGUGUUUCUUCCUCUUGGACUUUGCUUUCUUUGGGAAUUCACCACAAGGAAGACCGGUAACAAUGGCAAACUCUCGGAGGGAAAAUCUAAUUGGUUUGCCGGCAAAGCGAAACCAAGCUUCGUGCUUUUUCUCUACUUUUAGUUGCCUUGAGAGAAGAUAUCUAGCAAAUCUACCGGAAAACCCGGGUUUCUCUGCGAUUUCUACCAACUUUCCGAAAGAUGUUGACCGGAGGAACUGGAUCUCUUCAUCCUCCAGUGCAUCGAGAAUUGUGUUUAUCGCACGCGAAGACUGGUAAGUAAGAACCCUAACACCGACGGGUUCUUCACCCUCGGCGAACAUCAUUUCCGGUAACGGACCGGUAACUUCAUCGUCGCCUUCUACAGGAAUUUCACCGAGCCGUGAAGACUCCAUGUCAAUUACGUUUACAAACUUUGUGGGAGAGUUGAGAGAGAAAGUGAUGUUGACACUGUUAACAACUCUUUCUGGGAUAGUAAUGAGAGAAAGCGAACGGCCUAGAAAACUCAUGAGACGACAAUAUAUUAAAGGCUACAGUUUUCUGAUAAGGGUUGGUUUUUUGCAUGUAUACGAAAGUACAUUUUCUUUUUCUUCCAAUAAGAUUCCAUCAUUACUACAAAGCGUGUUCUACCGCUUUCUACCGGUUGUCUGAAGCGCUACAACUUCUCGAAUAUCUCGUAAAAUAGGGGCAUUUUCGGUAUUUAGAAAAAGCGAACAGUUGAAUAUCCAGUUACCUAAUUUACGCCUCCUCUAUGUAUAUGUACUGCAAAAACCCAAAAAAAUAACACCAAAGCGAAAACUAAGAGAGAGAGACUGGAGAAAGAGAAACGAGUUUGUAGUUCAAAAAAAUAAAAAUAUCGAGUUUGUAGUUCAAAAAAAUAAAAAUAUCUAAAGUAAAGCCAGUUAGUUGCUCUCUUAUAUUAUUGCUUGAAUUCUCUGAAGUUGUAAGCAGGCACGGCUCAAGAAAUAAGUGGGCCAUGUGCCAUAUAAUACUUUUCCUGCUAUGUUUGUAUAUGACUGUAAAAAUCGGACCUUUUUCUUUGUAAGAAUUUUAGAAUUUAGAACCAUAACUCUAUGAAAAAAUUGUAAUGAAAAAUUGAGGAUCUUGUGCAUUUGUACAUUGGGCACACCCACAAAACCGACACUGGUUGUAAGCCCAAAAAUAUUGAACAGAUCAAAGAUGUGGCUUGCAGUGCAGGGGAACGAGAAGAUUGCAAUCUUGGAGUUAUUACGCUUUCACAAAAAAAAGAGAGAGUAUAUUCAAGUAAUGGAAACACUCGACUAUAUAUACAAGAAGACCUAAAUGAUUUUAGGUUAGCCGUUUUCAGAGAGAAUAGAGCGCUCAAGCAAUAAGAACAUGAUUUGAGGUUUGGUGAGUGAGAUUCUUGUGAGAGAAGCGAGUGUUGUUGCUUUAGGAUAUAUUGGAUAGCUAAGAAUUGGUCAGACGUGAUACAAGAGUUGUGUGUGGUCACAUAAAUUUGAUUGAACAAGACUGUUAAGUUUGUUCCACGAAAGAAAAUAACGCGUCUAAAUUCAACUCAAAGGCGAGAUCAACCAUCUUUUCCGCAGUAGACAUUGAUCAGUUCAAGAUCAUACAUGGAUCUGAAUCAGCAAAAGCUGCCUGUGAUAUUCUUGUCAACUACUUUGAAGGUUAUACAACUGUUAAAAGUACUCGUCUAGACCAUCUAGCUACCAGGUUUGAAAAUCUAAGUAUGGGUGAAUAUGUGUCGUUGGGAAGUUUCACUGCAAAAUUAAACACUUUAGAAAAUGAAACAUCUUUCUUUGGAAAGAAGUACAAUAAGAGGAAGUUAGUCAAGAAACUCAUCAGAUGUCUUCCAAUAAGAUUUGAAGCUUGUAAGGCAGUGAUUAAAGUGACUAUGAAAUCAGAUGAGAUUAAGUUUGAUAAACUGGUGGGACUACUCAUGGCCUCUGAGUUGGAACAAGCUGAAGACAAUCCAACUCCAGUCAAAAGAAUUGCCUUUACAGAAAAUCACAAGGAUGAAAGAGUUAAAUAUUGGAGGAACAUGUGAGUCUGAUGGCAUAGAAUUUCAACAGUCUGGUGAAGAGAUUUGAUAAAGGACUAACAAAAAAUAAUAGAAGAUUCAAAAGAAGUAGUCAAAAUGAGAAUACUCGUCCAAGUGAAGAUUGGAGUGACUAGAAAAAGGAUAUGCAGUGUCAUGAAUGUGAGGGAUAUGUACAUUUUAAAUCAGACUGUCUUUCAUUAAAGAGAAGAUAGCUAAGAUGCAAAAAAUGUAAAAUGUUUGGGCAUAUCAAAUCUGAAUGCCCAUGGUCACAAAAAGGCAAAGAGAAAUCAUUCCUCUGUUUAGUUAUACAGAGUCUGAAGAUGACCAAGAUGAUCAAGAUAUUCUACUGAACUUUGUGGCACUGGUAGGUUUGGAAAAUUCAUCAUCAGACGAAGAUACCACAGAUUCUGAAGAUGAAUGGGAAAUAGAUGUCAAAAAGGAAUAUCGAGAAUUUUAUAUCAGUGGGUCAAGCUGAGUCAUGAAAAUCUACAACUCCUCAAGUAUACAUUUAUGCUUAAGGCUCAAAUCAACAUUCUGAAGAUAGACUCAAAGCCAUCUGGUGAUAAAGGAAAUAAUGUGUCAGAAUCCAUGGACACUAAGAAAUUGCACAUGAUUUUGCUGAAGAAAAACUCAAGAAUCAAGUAUUAGAAGAUUGAAUUGCACAGAUGUUGAAAGCUUACACCGAAGAGCAAGCUAAAGCUCGAAGUCUUGAACAUGACCUAUGUGAGAAUCAUAAGAAGAUCUGAAUGAUAAGUACUGGAACCAAAAGUUUGGAUCAAUUUUGAGCGGUAGGACAACCACCAAACACCAACUGGGGAUUAGGAUACACUGGUGUAGAAUCAACAUAUAUUGUAUUUAUCUCAGCUAAGAUCAAACUCCAAGAGAACCACAAAACAUUUUAGAUAGGAGAAUUUUCUACGAAGGACUUGGAAAACGGAUAGUCGAAGGGUCAACUGAGGUAAAAAGACAAGAGCAAGCUUACACUGAAGUAAGAAGCCAAGAGUACUGCAACAUGAUUGCGAAAGAAAAAAUUUCUCAUUGGAAAAGAAAAGACGAAAGAUUGAUGGUAAAAAAACAACCAAGCUGAACCAGUGGAUCAACAACACAUAGGAGACAGAGGAUGUUUCAUGUGUGGAAGAUUAUGACACAUAAAAGCAUAUAUUAUUAUCAGUUUCUCAAGAAAAUUCGUAAAGCAUGGAGAUCUGUUUCUCAGAAAAAUUUGUCAAGCAUGGAGAUCUAGCAAGUGUUUUCCUUAAAAAUAAGAGGUUUGGGAAGAUAUGUAUCCAAAUCAAAAUCAAUCACCAAGGAUAGAAGACAAUCUGUAAUCAUGUGACCCUUGAUGGCCUUACGUGUGAUUGUGAAGACCCUAUGGAAACUGCAUAUACAUUCGGUAAAACAUAGACAUUAGAUGCUUGGUAUUUAGACAGUGGGUUCUCAUGACACAUGACUGAGAAAAAUGACAUUUUUUGAAGACAUUCCAACAGUAAAAGGAAAAGAUUAAUGGAAUUGGGUCUAGUAACAUUUCAGAGCAACCAUGACUAAUUAAUGUAUGUAUGUUGAAGGACUCAGAUCAAAUAUCAUAAGUAUAAGUCAAUUAUUUGAUGAAGGAUUGACAGUAGUUUUCAUAACAACACAGUGUAAAGCAUUCAACGAAAAAGUGAAAAUCUUUGGUGUUCGCUAUGGAAACAAUUGCUACAUUUGGGAUGCAUAAUACCUUUAAUCUACUGAAGAGACCAUGCAAUAAACAUGUGUAAAGACCAAAACUCACAAGGAUAGUUCAUGUAAUGAUUCAAUAAAUGAGGAACUUAAGUAGUUGGUUAGAUUUUAAACUCUGGAGUCCACAAUCCUACAUAGAUGUUUACACAGUGCUACGAUCACUUUUGAAAAGCAAUACAUGGAUGAAUCUGAGAGACCAAUAAGAUCUUAUGAUGAUCUGGAGAGUGGCAGAGUUAGAUACACGCUGUAGAUGAACAUGACAGCUGAGUUGAUUGUGAGAACAUUGGCAAAUGAGCAUAAGUUGAGUUUAACUGGAGAAAGGACAUAGAACAUUAUAUGUGUACUCAAAGCAUGACUAGAGGAUUCGUUGUAGAAUCAAGAAAACUAAUCAAUGUCAGAGAUAGUCUCAAGAGGGUGGUGCAAUGCAACAAAGAUAUACUUGUGAGCUUGUUAGCCAUCUCGGUUUUGACCCGAGAUGCGUCUUGAGACCUGUCGUGGUGCGCAACUGGGGCGUUACGCUCUAUGAGCGGGGGUGAAUCGUAAAAUCCUAAUUUCUGGUAUAUGUAGAACGGCUUAAGAGAAUUGAUUUGACUAUAUAUAUCACUAAAGUGCCCUUACUUUUUCAGGCACACAUCUAGUUAAAACUCCAUUGUUAAACGUGAUUGAGCUGGAAUAAUGGAAGUAUGGGGGAUCUACCGAAAAGUCAUUCGCGGUAUGUAUGAGUGAGGCUAAAACAUGGGGAAAGGUCAUGCGGUGAUUGCAGGGUCAGUAAACAAUACUUUCGAGUCUCCAAAAUAUUAACGCAUCGUCCGUCGCAUGGAAUGGGGCCCACGGACCGAGUGAGUGGGUGUAGGAGGCCCAAUAGACGUGGGCGGUCACAGUGUUACAAGUGGUAUCAGAGCCGAACCCACACGAUUGUAGAGUCAAUUGAGGUCUCACACUAACAUGGGUAACGAUUUUGGGGCAUAACAGGCACACGUCCAUUUAGAACGUGAUUCGCGAUAUCGUGUGAGUGAGGCCAAAGCACGGAGAAAUGUCAUGUGGUGAUUGCAGGGUAAGUAAGCAUGACUAAUGAUCCUCCAAAAAAUUCACGCACCUUCCAUCGCAAAGGAUGGGCCCAUGGGCCGAGUAAGCAGAAGAGUUUUUUUAGAGAGAAAGAAAGUUAAUUUAACUUUGCUAUACUUUCUCUGUAGUCUCUGAAAAUCUUUUUCAACUUUUCAUUUGUAUGGCUUUGGUGGUUCUCUUAGCACCGGAGCCGUCCUCUCUUUUCCUUUUUCUUUGUUUUGUGUUGUGACUUUAUUGGUUUGCUAUGUUUGGAUCUGUUUGAUUAACCGUGUAGAUGUUCAAAGCAAGGAUCUAUCUUAAUGUGGUCGAAAAUCUAAAUCUGAUCGGGUUCAUCUACAAUUUUCUCUUGGUAGUUUUGGACCCUCUACAUCGUCGGUGUGACUAUCUUUGAUCCUUAGUUUUCCUUAUUUCAUUUGCAUGUGUUUUAUUCCUUUUGGGUGGACCAGAUUAUUGCAGGUUUUCAGUUUUGAUGUUUCUCAGUUGGGUUGUUUGUCUCCUUUUAUCUUUGUCAAAUUUUUGGUUUCUCUCAUGUUCAUCUCCGCAAAUGGAUCGACCCGCUCCUUGUCAUUUCCUAAGAGAUUAGUUUGAGAUCUCUUCUCUUCAUGGCGCUUCUUUGUGGUGGUUCUAAGUUGCUUCAUACCCAACGACGCCUUUCUAGUUGUUCGUUGGAUAAGGAAACCUUUAGUCUACCGCUUACUAUUCCACUAUAGAAGGUUUCGAUUGUCAAAAUGCUGUUGAUAACUUCCAUUAAAUAUUCUUAAGAUUCUAGGUUUAAGGUUACUGUUCUGCAUUUUCACCUUUGUGUUUGUAAGUAGAGGUUAACAAUUGUAAUUGGAAUAUAAUUAUGUGUUUUAGUCCAAUGCAUGUGUGUUGUGGUUAGUUUCAGGGGACACUUUUGUCGUCUGCCGGCUUCAUUGUUUGAACAAGUGAUCACUGACAUGCUGAAAACAAAACACGUCACUUAAAUCCACUAAAUCAUUUUCAAUAUAAAAUUAUAUUUUUUGUUUCUAAAAUACAGUUGGCUUUGCUAUAGUUUUACUCUAAUUUCUAUUUUUAAAAAGUAGAGUCAAAAACAGAAACAAAAGUUUAAAAAAUAUUUAAAAUUUUAAAUAAUAAUUUUGAUAUUCCAAAAUAAAAUAUAAAUAAAAUUUUGAACUAAAAAAUGUUUGUUUUCAAAAAAAGAAGAAGAUAAAACUAUUUUUUUAACUAUUUAUACACAGUAGUUAUGUAUAUUUUUAUAUUUAUAAAGUAAGGGUAUAAUAAUUUGAUCUCUUUAAUAAAAUCUUUUUUUUUUGUUAUUCUUCUUGUGUAUUUUUUGGUCCAAAAAACUUAUUUUAGGGUCUUUUGGAAUAUUUCCCUUAAAUAAUAUUACUGCCUAAUUACAUAUUCUCGUUUUAUGGUAUAUUUCUCCAUCGCGCAUCUCUCUCCCCCAAACACGAUCUUCUUAAACGAAUCGAGAAGCCAUGGAUAACAGCAGCAGCAUCAACUCCACCGCGUCCAAUCUGAGCACUGCUUCCUUCGAAAAGAUCGAUCAGGCGGCGAGCUGGGUGGGCACAACCGUCAUAUCCGCCUUCUUCGCCUCCCUCGAGCGUUGCUCCUGCGUUAAUCUAUCAACCUCCGACGAUGAUGACGAAGACGACGACGAAUCCCACAGCCGUCCCCUUGCUCUCUCCCCCGCUCCUCACCCAGACGACAUUGUUUAGCUACUCCGCUAAUCCCUUUCACGGGUUCUGUUUCUCCUAAUCAGAUCUGGAUGCAUGCUUCUCAGAACUUUUGAUUGAUUGUAUAUGCCUUAUUCCUUGCUUCUUCUUCUUUCUUGAUCCCACAAGUCUAUUUUAUAUCAUUUUUCUUUUCAGCUCUUUAUUUUAUAUAUCAUUCUGAGAGUUAUUGCUUA